AAGGAUUUCGUUUUUUUCAUUUCUAACAUUUCAUUCAAAGUAGUAGGCACAAUGUGGGGUGCAAUACGAACGAUAAUGACUGAUGCACAACGUCGUCCAACAGUUUUAAUUACAAAUCCGAAAACACCAGCCGCCGGCAUUCAAUUACUACGUGAAAAAUGUGAUGUGAUCAUUUGUGAAGGUCAACCGAAUUCAACGCGGGAAGAAAUUUUGAGCAAAUCGGCGGGUGUCGAUGGGAUUUUGUGGACACAUUAUCAUCAUCUGAAUGCUGAGGCAUUAGAUCGUGCUGGACCGCAAUUGAAGGCGAUCUCAGUGUCUUCGGCUGGAUUGGAUCACGUUGAUAUAAAUGAAGUUAAAAAGCGCAAUAUUCCACUCGGCUAUUUACCACACAUAUCAAAUGAUGCCGUUGCUGAUUUCACGGUUGCAUUGACAAUUUCCGCAGCUCGUCGAUUCCAUGAAGCCUUUUUGAAAAUUAUCAACAAUCAAUGGGACCGGUACAAUCCACAAUGGAUGCUCGGACAAGAUCUUAAAGGAUCAACGGUCGGAAUCGUUGGGUUGGGUGGCAUCGGUCAAAAAAUCGCCAAACGACUCAAAGCCUUCGAAAUUGGUUCCAUUCUGUACACUGGUCAUCGUGAGAAGGAAGAAGGUAAACAACUUGGUGCAACAUUUGUCUCGUUCGAUGAUCUACUAACUCGAUCGGAUUUUGUAAUUGUUGUAUGCCCCUUGAACAAUGAAACUCGCAAUCUAUUCAAUAAGGCGGCGUUUGCCAAAAUGAAAUCAACUUCGGUGUUUAUCAAUGUGUCGCGUGGAGGCGUCGUUGUUCAAGAUGAUUUGGUUGAAGCACUGAAGAAUGGUACCAUUUUUUCGGCCGGUCUCGAUGUCAUGACCCCAGAACCACUUCCACCAGAUCAUAUUCUUACGAAACUUCCAAACUGCGUAUUGAUUCCACAUUUAGCAUCGGCAACCAAAAAGACCAGAGACGAAAUGGCCAUAUUAGCUGCUCAAAAUAUUCUGAAUGGCAUCGAAGGAAAACCACUCAUUUAUUCCGCUUAUUGAUUCAAUUGGAAUUUUCUCUUUUCGAUGGUGCGUACAUUUUCAGCAGUAGGCCUUGCAUCACAUCCAACCGAGAUCGAUGUAUCCCUUAUAAAAUAAAUCUGCCAACUCCGUCUUGCUGAAAAUAAGUAUAGUAUUUUAUCAAAAAAUUAGUAGUGUGUUCGAAAAAUCAGUACGAAAAUCCAGUAUGUUCCAAAACACGUUU